GCCCACUAGGUGCACUUUAGGUAGCACACGCAUUACAUUUCUAAAUGCCAGCUUUGCUUGUUGGGUGAACAAAAAUACUUGGGAAUUAAUCAGGGAAAUGUUUAGUCAGCAACUGAAGCAGCUGUUUUUUGGCUGUCCUGCAAGGUUAGUUUAGGGGCCAGUGAAAGGAUAGGAGAGAUGCCCACCUCAGUGCAGACAUACUCACUUCUGGGGACUAUGGCUUCUUUCUCCUUCUUUCUAGGUUAUGAGUUUUACAACUUGCACAGUAUCCACCUGAUGAAUCAAAGUCAUCAGUUUGUGGGAAGAUUAUGGAGCUUCUUGGUCAGAAUAAGAUCGACCAUCAUCAGAGACAGGUGGCCAUCCUCAGUCAGGAUAGUUUCUACAGGGUACUGACCCCUGAACAGAAGACCAAGGCUCUAAAAGGACAAUUUAACUUUGACCACCCAGAUGCGUUUGAUAAUGAGUUGAUAGUCAAAACCCUUUGUGAUAUCAUGGAGGGAAGAACUGUCCAAAUUCCUGUCUACGACUUUGUUACCCACUCAAGGAAAGAAGAGACAGUAACUGUUUAUCCAGCAGAUGUAGUUUUAUUUGAAGGCAUUCUUAUGUUUUAUUCGCAAGAAAUCCGAGAUCUGUUUCAAAUGAAGCUGUUUGUGGAUACGGAUGCAGAUACACGUCUGUCACGCAGAGUCCUGAGAGACAUCAGUGAAAGAGGUCGUGACCUAGAGAAAGUGCUUAGCCAAUACAUAACAUUUGUUAAGCCUGCCUUCGAGGAGUUCUGUCUGCCAACAAAAAAGUAUGCUGAUGUGAUCAUUCCAAGGGGAGCUGAUAAUCUGGUUGCCAUAAAUUUGAUAGUGCAACACAUUCAGGAUAUUCUGAAUGGUGGUUUGAACAAACGCUUGAACGGAUACCUCAAUGGCCACAACACACCUCGUAAACGGCAUCCCUCAGAGUCCAGCAGCAGGCCACACUGACCAGCCCUCCGUCAGGAUGUCCGGAAUGCAGGAGAGAAUGAAUAUAUGAUCGAUGGAUGCAAGAGGAAAGAAGGAUUGCUUGUGCAUUCUAUUAAUUAGCCAACACUUUAUAAGACAAAAAGAAUCAUGCAAGAUUUCAAGAAUUUCAAAGUCUGCCUUUUUAUUUCAUUCUGCUUCCACCUUGUUCUUCUACUUUUUUUGGGUUUACUUUUAGACUGGCUACACUUGAUGUUUUAGGAAUUAGAAAGAUAAAUAAAAUGUUAGUUCUGGGAUUGUCAAAAAAGGUCAAAAUGGAUAUUUCCUAUAUUUAUUUCCUUGUUUAUUUUAAAAAAAUAUAUAAUUUU